AUGAGUAACAGUCACUUACGUCCUCUGGCCUCUGUGUCUGAGAUCGAUCACGUGCAUCUGCUGUCAGAGCAGUUGGGGGUGCUGGUGCUUGGGGAGGAGUACAGCGAUGUCACCUUCCUUGUGGAGGGAAAGCGCUUCCCGGCACACCGAGUUAUCCUGGCUGCUCGUUGUCACUACUUCAGGGCCCUGCUGUACGGUGGGAUGAAAGAAUCCCAGCCGCAGGCGGAGGUGUGUUUGGAGGAGACUCGGGCCGAGGCUUUCUCCAUGCUGCUGCACUACCUGUACACAGGCCGGGUCAGUCUUAGCUCAGCCCGGGAAGAGGUGCUGCUGGACUUCCUGGGCCUGGCUCAUCGCUACGGCCUCCAGCCACUGGAGGACUCCACCUCGGAUUUCCUCCGUACGAUAUUGCACACAAACAACGUUUGCCUGGUUUUCGACGUGGCCAGUCUGUACUCUUUAAGCACGCUCAGUGUGGCGUGCUGCGCCUACAUGGACCGGCACGCUCCGGACGUGUUGAACUCUGAUGGAUUCCUCACACUGUCCAAGGCUGCUCUGCUGACCAUGAUCAGACGGGACUCAUUUGCUGCCAGCGAGAAGGAAAUCUUCCUGGCAUUGAGUCGCUGGUGCCGGCAGCAUGGGGAGGAGUUAGACUCCCAGGAAGUGAUGUCAGCAGUGCGGCUUCCACUCAUGACCCUGACCGAGAUGCUGAAUGUGGUGCGACCGUCCGGGCUGGUGAGCCCAGAUGAUCUGCUGGACGCCAUCAAGAUACGCUCAGAGAGCCGCAACAUGGACCUGAAUUACCGCGGAAUGCUGAUCCCAGAGGAGAACAUUGCCACCAUGAAGUACGGUGCUCAGGUGGUGAAAGGCGAGCUGAAGUCGGCACUCCUGGAUGGUGACACCCAGAACUACGACCUGGACCACGGCUUCUCCAGACAUCCCAUUGAGGAGGACGGACGGGCCGGAAUCCAGGUGAAACUGGGUCAGCCGUCCAUUAUAAACCACGUCCGCCUCCUGCUGUGGGACAGAGACAGCCGAUCAUACUCGUACUACAUUGAAGUGUCCAUGGAUGAGCUGGACUGGGUACGAGUUGUGGACUACUCAAAGUUCCUCUGCCGUUCUUGGCAGAAUCUCUUCUUCACACCGCUGGUUUGCAGGUAUGUUCGUAUUGUGGGAACACACAACACAGUCAAUAAAGUUUUCCACCUGGUGGCUUUUGAGUGCAUGUUCACCAAUCGGCCGUUUACCCUGGACAACCAGCUUGUGGUGCCUAGCGAGAAUGUGGCCACCAUUGCUUCAUGUGCCAGUGUGGUCGAGGGCGUCAGCCGGAGUCGAAAUGCCUUGCUCAACGGUGACACACGUAACUAUGACUGGGACUCGGGACACUGCCACCAGCUGGGUUCUGGAGCCAUUGUCAUCCAGCUGGCUCAGCCGUACUCCAUCGGAUCUUUAAGGCUGCUGCUGUGGGACUGUGACGAGCGCUCCUACAGUUACUACAUCGAAGUCUCCACCAAUCAGCAGCAGUGGACCCGAGUGGUCGACCGCACCAGAGUGGCAUGUCGGUCAUGGCAGACUCUGAAGUUUGAUAAGCAGCCCGCCUCUUUCAUCCGCAUUGUGGGGACACACAACACAGCAAACGAGGUGUUCCACUGCGUUCACUUUGAAUGUCCCGCUCAACUGGAUGUCGAGGUCAAUGAAGGCAGCCCAGGCAACGAUGCCCCUGAUUUUGCAUCCCAGCAGCCGCGACCCCACCGACCUUCACGUGCACACAGUUUGCUGCCGUCUCAACCCUCUUCCUCCUCAUCCUCUUCCUCACCAUCCCAUCACUGAGGGGCCUUUUUGGAGGUGUCACAAGGAUGGGGGUGCUCCCAUAUGGCGUUUUUGCACAGCCUUGAUCAUCCAGAUUGCACUGUUACGACGCUGCUAAAGGCGACGGCCUCACUGUCAUUACCCAUAGUUCCUCUUUGCUUUUGUGAGUAGAGACUCGACCCUCUGUAGCAGCAGCGCUGAAAGCUCCAGUCUUCCCGGGUUUGAGCCUGAAUGCAAAAGGUUCAAGGGUGGAUCAGAAAGUAUUGCCUCCUGUUUUCUCAAAACCCAAAUUUAUCUCAGCUAUGUUUGGAACGUCUUUCACAUCUUCGUCGUGUUAACUUGGUCAUUAUUGCAUUUGCUGCGACACGUUUUAUCGCCUCAAAGUACUGCUGAGAUAACAGAUCGUAAGUCCUUCACCUGACUGGGUGGAGAGAAACAGACUGCUGCCCCCUGGUGGCACCUAUGUUUGGCAGGAAAAGAUUUUUCACAUUCUGCUUCGUAAGCAGGUCAAGGCAGCUGGAAGCAGGAAGUUGAAGGUGUUAUAUUUGUUUAGGCAGAUUUUUAUAAGAUUUAAAAAAUGUAUUUUUCUCGUGUUGUUUCAUGACGGCUGUUUUUAUUUCCAUGGAUGAUAAUAAAUAUAUAGAAGCUGAAAUCUAUUUUGUGAAGAUGGUCAUCAGGAGAGAAUUGAUUCAAGCUUGAGCUGUGUCCAGAUUACUUCCUUUGAUUUUGUUUUAUUAAUGAAUAACUGACUUUUGAGUGGAAUUCUAGACUCUUGUUGGCCAGUUAAAUAAUAUCCUCACUGAAGAUGAGGUUCCACCAGAGGGGAGUAUUGUGUGGACCGGUUAAAAGUGAAGCUACUUUAUUUAUUUGACUUGAUGUUGAAUAUUUUUGGUAGCCUGAGAACAGUAAAACGGAGAAUUCCUUCUUCCACCUCCAAGUCUUGGUGACCUUGAUUAGUGGCGUUAUGGUCCCAAUGAUGCUGCUGAUAAUUGUUCGGCAGUGAAGGGCGGAAAGGUGGUCUCUAGCUUCAAGAAGAGUAGAGGAGUGUUUGCUGCUGGUUUGAUUCCAUCUCCUCUUACUUCAGAGCUCUCGAGCUGAGAUACGCUCAAGGAGUUAUUUUCCACCGGCUCUUGUCUUGCAGGUCAUAGCAGUGAAAUUUUGGAGAAUGUCAUGCAUUAGCAUGAGAGUGUGACAGCAUGUUGAGUCUCACACCAAAUGCGUGAGACCUGACAGGACUGCUUUAAAGCGUGAUUCUCACCGAAUGAGGGAGCUCUGUUACUUUGUUGCAGUGACAUCAAACAUUUUCAUACAGUUAAGUCAGAUUUCUGCCCGUUCUUACUGUUGUCCUCUCGCCAACUGCACCUUCUCAUAAUGACUUUUAUUAGUUUAACUGUUAAAUGUCUUUGCAGUUAGUUUUCUGUUGUCUGCGGUGCCUUUGGUGCUUAAUGUUCAGUUUGGUGGUUUUUGUUUUUUGUGUCACUCUGUUUGUUGGCGUUUUGGUUGUGAUGUGAGUCCGCUGCUUAGUACAGGUGAGGGUCCAGGACUGAAUACAACUCAUCAACCUGCAGCUUUCUGCUACCUGUCGGUGACGUCAUGGAAUCUGUGUAACUGUCUGCUUUGAUGGUUGCUCUCCAGGACCCAAGGCGGUUCUUUGGCAUUUAUGUGUGCUCCCAGACUCUGUAACCAUGGUAACAUGUGCAGAUGAGUGUAGGACAGCACAGUUCAUUUAUUUAUGCAGCUUGCUGCAGUGGAAGAAUUCCACCGUGUGCGUGGUUUCCUGGUUGGUUUGUUUUUCAGGUCAGAAUGUUUUCUUGGGUCAAAUAUUUGGACAGUUAGACCGAAUAAACACCUGAGUCCAGGCUCAAAGGGUCCGACUGCGGCUGGAACGCUCGACUGUGACGUCACGCUUGAGCAAAAGGGAAAAAGAUUAAUUGACCUCAGAAGGUUGUUCAAACGCCAUGUUGCCCUGACAAAUAGUGACCCUGCCACGACCUUUGUUUCAAUUCAAUUUAUAUCAUUUAUAUAUCGCCAAAUCACAACAAAGCUGUCUC